CAAGAGUCGAUGCGCCGUGACUUUUUGAGUCGAUACCGUUUACUCAAGUGACGGAAGUGCUAGACCGAAGAAAAUUUUAAAUUUGUUUCGAUUUCCAUUUACUACGAACGUAAAACUCGGUUGAAUUUGGUUUUUCGGUUGCAAUAGCGCAUAUAAGGACAGAAAACUAUGGAGACCAAAAGGUUGAAAGUUACUAACCGGAAGCAAUUUGAAUGUUUGGUGGCCCACAUGGAAAAGAACCCAGCCAUAGCUAAAGGCCAAAAAUACGCAGAGGCAGCUAGUUGCUCAAAGGCUAAAUACAAUGAGGUGUGGAACCGCCUCAGUAUGGAAUUAAACAGCCUCGGUCCACCGAUGCGUUCGUUAAUGGAGUGGCAAAAAGUAUGGACAGACUUCAAGUUAAAAACAAAGCGCAAACUUUCCCACAACCGUCUGGAAUCGCUAGCUACGGGUGGAGGAACGCAUAAAAUGGCACAUUUCUCGUCAUGCGAAGAGUCUGUGAUUGCUCUUCUCUCGUUGGACACGGCUGUGAAUACUACAGGUAAUUAUUGCAAAAAAAUUUAUCAUUGCAAAAUAUAGACAGUGCCAUUUUUAUAACAGGCAACAUAUUUGGACUGGAACCAACUUCGAACACAGCAGCAUCCUUGAGAAGACCAAACUAUCAGAACUUUCGAUCACCAGAACUCUCCGACGAAGACGAUCUAUUACAAGUGCAUGACCAAGGUUUGUCAUUUCCUCAAGCUUCUGAUGAAAAUGAUUUAAAUGAUGAGGACAUCGGCGAAGACAUCCAUCCGCGCACCACUACAACGCUACGACGCGAGCAUAAGUCGGAUAAACGAGAGGAAUUGUUAACGGCACAAACAGAAUAUUUGAAAGAAAUUAAAAACAAUGUAAAGGAUAUUGCCAGAUAUUCCAGGAAAAGUUUUUAUCCACUAGAGAAACGAUUAGAGAUUGAAAAGGAAAGGAAUUUGAUAAAAGAGAAGUAACACGAGGAAACCAUUCGAUUUAAAAUGG